CGUCGAAGAGUUGGCCGCUCAUCCUUUCCUAACCCAUCUAGUCGCCCUCCUAUCGGUUUACGAACUUCCCCCCUCUAUUAACAACAAUCCCACAACCGGACAUGCCCUAGGACGUACUCCUGGGAUCCCUCUCCCCCGCUACGGUGGACCGCGCUCUGCGCAGACAGAUGCCAUCGAGAAGAGUCUGGGCAUCAUCGCCUCCAGAAUGAGGAAUGCUGAAGAGAAAUUGGGCUGGUCUCAUCCUUGGUUACCUAUAAACACGGUUUACGGGUUUCCCUAUGAUUCAGAUGAGACUACACCCACGGAUAAUGGACUCGCGAGCAAGGACAAAGAGAUUGACCCUUUCACCAUUGCUCUACAAGCCCCCACUCCUGUACGAGAUGCUAAUUUAACACCUUCUGAUGAUGCUGCAGCAAUGGCAGAGGGCAUAGUGAGGCAUGCGAGAGCACCCUCGCCCAUGCAAAUCUCCCUUCACGGCAUAAACAAUAACGCGCCCAAAGCAGACCCCAACAGCAGUCGUUCACCCACUUCUCCCUCAAUCUCCAACUACCCAUGCCCUACUUGUCGUCGUCCCUUGAACAAGGGACCGAGCUCGACCACGAUUGGAAAUCUUAAUCAUCCCACUGGUUUCAUUCCGAGCCCCAACGACAGUCCACUCGUCGUACCACCCGGUCCGCUCAGCGCAGCUGCGUUCGAAAGUGGGCUCAGUGCGGUAGAAGAACUCAGGUUACUCAAAGCUCAAGUUCAGGACGUUGCAAGAGUAUGCAAAGCCGUAGCCGACGGUGACCUCACACAGAAGAUCGAAGUGGGCGUGCAGGGCCCUGUGAUGGUCCAAUUGAAAGAUGUCAUCAACUCCAUGGUCGACAAACUCGGUCAAUUCGCAAAGGAAGUUACUCGUGUUUCACUCGAAGUCGGAACGGAAGGACGGUUGGGAGGUCAGGCCGUGGUCAUUGGAGUACAGGGUACCUGGCAGGAACUCACGGACGUUGUCAAUCGACUCGCGGCAAACCUCUCCACUCAGGUCAGGAGUAUCGCUAUCGUGACGACCGCCGUAGCCAGGGGUGAUCUCAGUCAGACAAUUGAAGUAGAGGCGAAAGGCGAAAUUUUGGCUCUCAAGAACACCGUAAACCAAAUGGUUUUCCGACUCCGCACACUUGCUAAAGAGGUUACCCGUGUCACACUCGAAGUAGGAUCUCAAGGUAAAUUGGGAGGAAGUGCCUUUGUGGAAGAUGUAGAAGGAGUCUGGGCUGAUCUUACAAUCAAUGUCAACCGCAUGUGCUAUAAUCUUACAAAUCAAGUCCGCUCCAUCGCCGAGGUCACGACCGCCGUAGCUAAGGGUGACUUGAGUAAACGUGUCGAGAUCGAAGUCGAAGGAGAAUUGGCUACACUCAAGGAUACUGUCAACUCUAUGGUUUCUCAACUUCGAACCUUUGCUGCCGAAGUCACGCGUGUCGCCCUUGAAGUCGGUACUGAGGGUAUUCUCGGAGGACAAGCCACAGUCGAAGGUGUACAAGGUGUCUGGGCAGAUCUUACAACUAACGUCAACAACAUGGCAAGGAAUCUUACUAAUCAAGUGCGAUCCAUCGCCGAAGUCACCACUGCCGUCGCAAACGGAGAUCUCAGCAAGAAGGUCAUGGUCGAUGUUAGAGGUGAAAUGUUGGAUUUGAAGAAUACUGUCAACACUAUGGUUACAAGAUUGCUCGUUCUUGCCAAUGAAGUCACUCGCGUGUCUCUCGAAGUCGGUACAGAGGGUAUCCUUGGUGGACAAGCGGUCGUGCCAGGUGUGAAGGGAAUGUGGAAAGUCUUGACGGACAAUGUCAACUUGAUGGCUCUAAACCUUACUACCCAAGUGCGUUCGAUCGCAGCUGUGACUACGGCCGUGGCACGUGGAGACCUCACGAAGAAGAUCGAAGUCGACGUCAGAGGUGAAAUUCUAGCGCUUAAGGAAACCGUCAAUUCUAUGACGAGCAGUCUUGCCGUCUUUGCGGCUGAAGUCACUCGUGUCGCCAAAGAAGUCGGAACGGAUGGUAUUCUCGGAGGGCAAGCUAGUGUCGAUAACGUUGGUGGUAUUUGGAAGGACUUGACGGACAAUGUAAACACUAUGGCCUCCAACUUGACCCAACAAGUCCGAGCAAUUGCAGAGUCCACCAGAGCUGUCGCCGCAGGAGAUCUUGGAAAGAAGGUCGAAGGUCUUCAAGUAUCCGGAGAAAUGCUAGACUUGGUUAACACCAUCAACACGAUGAUCUUCCAACUUGGUAUCUUUGCCCAAGAGGUCACACGAGUAGCUCGAGAAGUCGGAACCGAAGGCAAGCUAGGUGUGCAAGCCGAAGUCGCCAACGUAAAAGGAACAUGGCAGAGCAUCACUAUGUCUGUCAACACUAUGGCUGCCAACCUCACAUCUCAAGUCCGAGGAUUCGCUCAGAUCUCAGCAGCGGCGACUGAUGGUGACUUUACUCGCUUCAUUACUGUGGAGGCAUCCGGAGAGAUGGACUCGCUCAAGACUCAAAUCAAUCAAAUGGUAUUCAAUCUUCGAGAAUCUCUACAAAGAAAUACGGCCGCCAGGGAAGCGGCUGAGCUUGCCAAUAGGAGCAAGAGCGAGUUCUUGGCUAAUAUGAGUCACGAAAUUAG